AUGGCCGACCCGGCGAGCCCCCGACCGUCCGGCGCGUCCGAGAGCCCGCGCUCCAGCUACGUCCGUCGUCGGAAGCAACACCAAGACGGCGACCACGAUGCCAUGUUCCCGCGGUCCCUCGGCAGGGCCUACCUUGGCGACCCGGGGUCCGUCCCCGCCAGCAGACGCAGUUCCGUCGUCGACAUGGCGCACAUCGACGAGAUGGUUCCUGACGACAAGAUGGACACGGACACGUACGGCGUGUCGGAGCUGCGUGAUGGCUUCUUCGAUGGCAUGUUCCUGAAGCCUUCGCUCCUGCAUGAGCAAGAGCUGCUGGAGCACGCCGAGGAGACCCUGCCCGCCGCCUUUGACAAGGGUUCGCCUCUCGCCCCGAAGUACUUUUUGCCACGGCAGUGGCACGAACUCAAGUCGCUGUCUAGGCGCGUCACGAAGACGCGGGCAGGAAUCCGCCUGCUCAAGUCCUUUACUGCUUUCUUCAUCGCCUACGUCUUGUGUCUCGUUCCGGCCGUGCGUGACUGGCUGGGACGGUAUCCGUCCAUCAUGGUCGUUUCCGUCAUCAUCAACCACCCGGCGCGCGCCCUCGGAGCGCAGCUUGACGGCGCCAUUCUCACAAUCAUUGGCACCGCAGCGGGCCUGGGAUGGGGAGUCGUCGGGCUCCUGUUGUCCACGUCGACCCUCGCCGCCCAGGCCGGAUACGGAGGCAUCCUGGCCCUGUUCCUCGCGCUCUUCAUGACGGCCGCCGCGCUCCUGCGUUCCUUCUGGAACAGAUUCUACCAGGCAGCGCUGUGCGCCGGCAUUGCUAUUACCUUCACCACGUUGGCCGAGACGAGCAGCCACGAUAUUGCGUGGUCCAAGCUGCUCAGCUACGGCAUCCCCUGGCUGCUCGGCCAGGCGAUUGCCCUUGUCGUCAACUGCGUCGUCUUUCCGGAUGCGGGUGCCAGAGCGCUCGCCACUACCCUGCACAAAGCGUUCGAAGCGAUGCAGGAGGCUUUGGUCAUCCCACGACCUCGCGACAACAGGUUGCGGAGGCGUCUUGCCAAGAUAUUCGUCGACUUGUCGACAGCGGCUCGUGAUCUGAAACUGGACAUAUCUAUCACUCGAUUCCGUCCGGAUGAUGUUUCGGACCUUCGUAACCUGAUGCAGGCCGUUAUCCGCGCCCUACUCUCGCUCGAGACUGAAACCUUCUUAUUCGUCGACUCUGACCAGGAGGAUGACGUUGUCAUCACCGUCCACGGCCCAUCGUCCGUGCCGUUUGACGACACGUCUUCCAUGGCCAGCGAAGCGGACAUCACUACCAAAGUUGUCAGCGAGAUGGCUGCACCAACUAGAGAGGUCAUUUCCUCCAUGACUGAAGGCCUAUUGCGGUGCCAAGCCGUGUUGAUGGACUUGUCGGGAUAUCGCAGGUACCUGGGGCCCGCAGCUCAAGUGUCGUCGGAUAUUGGGCCUAUCCAGAUUCGAUUGAGGCAGGCAAAGGCCGCGUUCGACAUGGUCGAGUCUCGGCUUCUCGAGUCUGGUGACCUGCCGCCUUCGACAUUACGCGACUCGCAGGUCGUGCAGCUUUUCGUAUUCGCUAGGCACGUCCGCGAAACUGCCGCCACCAUCGAGAAUCUCAUGGCAAAGAUCGAGUCGAUGCAGCAUCUUUCGGAGUGGCCGAGGCUGUACCUGCCAUCGUAUCCCCUCAGGAAGGCAUUGCAUCGCUCGAACGCCCAAGUGAGACACGACCGUGGAGGUGCCGCGGCCACGUCCUACGACAUGACUUUCAUAGGCAUCGUGCGGCUGCUCGACAAGCUCAAGUCCCGUGAGCACCACCCGCUCAACCAAAAUGACCCUGGAGACGAGGGCAUGGGCUUGAGGGCUGAAGUCUCGCACGCCACAAUGGAUGCCAAGGUCGACGGCUUCUCCCCGCCUAAGGAGACGUUUCGCCACAAGCUCUGGCACACCCUCCACCGCCUCCAGGGCUUCGAGAGCCGGUAUGCCUUUAAGGUCUGUCUGGUGACGACCUUGCUCUCAGUCCCGGGUUACAUGGAAGUGAAUAGUUCCUGGUGGGACAAGUACGAGGUGUGGUGGGCUGUCACCAUGAGCUGGAUCGCGAUGCAUCCGAGGAUUGGUGGAAACUUACAGGACCUCGUCAUUAGAGCAUCUCUGGCAAUUCUGGGAGCUGCCUGGAGCGGGGCCGCGUAUGCCGCCGGCAACGGAAACCCAUAUGUCAUGGCGGUGUUUGCCGCCAUCUAUAUGAUUCCCAUGCUCUAUCGCUAUACGCAGAGCACGCAUCCGCGCUCCGGGCUCGUUGGAUGCCUGUCAUUUACCGUCAUCUCUCUCGGGCUUCAGGUCAAUGGCGCAGACAGCGAUACGUCCCCGGCCUUGCUUGCCGUGCUCAAGGGCACCGUGUUCGUUGUCGGCACGAUCGCCCCUAUACCUGUAAACUGGGUCCUGUGGCCGUUUGUGGCGCGGCACGAGCUCCGGUAUGCAUUGUCGUCUAUGCUCUUUUUCAUGAGCGUCAUCUAUCGCGGUGUCGUGGCCAAAUAUGUAUAUUUUGAAGAGGGCGAGGACCCCACGCCUGAAGACGUCCAGCGAUCUGAGCUACUCGAGGGGCGCCUGAGAGAAGGUUUCGUUCGGAUUAGACAGCUACUGAUCCUCACCAGAAAGGAGAUGCGCCUCAGGGCGCCUUUCGACGCGAGGCCGUACUCCGCCCUCGCCGACACCUGCGAACGCUUCUUUGAGUACCUCAUUGCCGUCCGCCAAUCUGCCCUGUUCUAUAACCCGGGCCACAUACGCGACAAUCCCGUGGCGGCGCAGCAGCUUCUUAGCUACAGACGCGAUGCUGUGGCAUCGAUCCUGGCCAAUUUGUACACACUCGCCGGCGCCCUGCGGUCGCAGCGCAAGGUUCCUCGAUACCUUCCCAGCGCCGCCGCCGCCAGGAAGAGACUGCUCCUCAAGUCGGCCCAGGUCGAGGAGGAAAUGUCGCGAAACGCCGAGGAGAGCGACGUGCAGUGGCACAAGAAGUGGAGCAACAUCUACAGCUUCUCGUACAACGAGAGCCUCACGGGCUGCGUCGCGCAGCUGGAGGAGUUGGAGCGGUACACGAAGCUCAUUGUAGGCGAGCAGAGCUUUGAUGAUGAGUUCAAGGACGAGGAGCAGGAUUCGGACGAUGGACACGAAGAAUCAUGA